AUGCUAGAAAAGCAUCAGGAGUGUCUAAAGAGGCAAAGGGAAGCAGUGAAAUACAGACUGAAGAAGCUGGCCGCUCGGCAAUCGGAUAUCACCAAAAAGUCUGCACUGAUAAGAGAGAGCAUCAUAAGGCAAUAUGAGGAGAUCCAGAGGGUCCUAGAGGAAGACCUGAGGAUAACCCUGACCUUCCUGGACAUGGAGGAGAGGGCUGCUGUCUCGGCCCUGGAUGGGCUCAUGGAGAAGAACUGUUCCCUCAUCCAGGAGAUAGAGCAGGACCUGGCCAGACUCUCUGUUGAACUGGACCAAAGGGACAUGCAGCAUGAUUCAAUGGACACAGAGAUAGCAGACAGGGUGAUGGACCUGCUAAACAGGACAGACCCCAGCAGUGUGAGCCUGGAUGAGGCCAAAGCUGACCAGAUCCUCAGCCUCACCAACAACAUGCUUCUGCUUAUUCGCUCCCAGACGCCAAUAACCAAGAAACUCAUCAAGAGCUAUUCCAGUGAGGUGAGUCUGGAUCCAGAGACGGCCCAUCCGAAGCUGAUCAUCUCCGCUGAGGGUGACAGCGCCACCUACACAGACACCUGGCAGGAACUUCCUGACGUCCCUGGGCGCUUUGACACCACCCUCAACGUUAUCAGCCUGCAAGGCUUCAACUUUGGCCGCCAUUACUGGGAAAUUGAUGUAGCUGGGAAGACUUACUGGGAGCUGGGCCUCACCUAUCCCACCAUCCCUCGCAAAGGCAAUGCUGAGGAUUGCUGGCUGGGUCGUGGGAAUGAGUCCUGGUGUGUGGAGUUCUUUGAUGGGGAGUACACAGCCUGGCAUGCAGGUGUGCCCCAUCAGCUGCCUGUCACAAAACAUUUCUGCCGUAUCGGGGUCCUGUGCAGUUUCCCUGCGGGGUUUGUGACGUUCCUCGGGGCAGACAACAUGACCCCGCUGUUCUCCUUCUGUGCCGGUACCUUCACAGACUGCCUCCAUCUUGCUUUGUGUCCAGGACACGACCACAACGGCACCAAUGCCAAACCUAUCGUAAUCUGUAACACUCCCUCUCCCACCAGUACUCUGUGA